AUGUCCGCUCCACACCUUCCCAAGAGUCACCCUUGCCGCGGCGCAACUGGGAAAGAAGGUCAGUUCUGCACUCCCCAACACCAGUUGCACCCCAAUGAUCUUGCAAGAGCUGUAAACCAGCUAAGCAGCAACAGACUGUACAGACCAGCCUCAAAAUCGAGCAGUGCGGACCUGUUUAUCAAGCUGCCCGAGGUCACAAUAGAGGUGCAAGAUAAGAGUGGAUUGGCAAUUGGAGUAUCCUUUGCUGAUAUUCGUGAGGAGGUUGCCAAAAGCAUUGGGAAGGGGCGCGUGCUAUGGUUGCUUAUUGCGUUGAAGCUGAAGGAGUCGCUGGGUCACUGGGUUGGAGAGGAGAAGCCUUUGGUACUCACGCCAGGCUGUUACCAAGAAGGAAAAAGGAAACAUGGCGGGCUGCUGUACCGUCCCGUGGAGUCCACAGGAUGGCAGAAACGGAUUUGGAUGGGAACAUGGCAGGAUGUCACAACAAGGUUGGAAGCGAAAGGAAACGCACUGACAGUGCGAACAGAUUUGGAGCUUGUGAUCCCACAUCCGAGCCAUGUGAAGAUGUUCCUCGGUGAUGAGGACUUUCAGGUUGUAAAGCAGAUCGCCGAGAGGACCAGAGAUGGGGUGUCUAGUACAACGGUUCGCAUUCCUUUCCUGAGCCGCUUCUACAACUUCACGCAGCCGCCUGCUCCAGGCAGUGCCGCCCUGCAACGACCCCCAGCAGUGUGGGUCUGUCAGCUGGGAAGCCCUGAUGGCAAGGACUUUGAGAUCGUUGGCAACGCGUUUCAGGUCAAAGGUGUUUUGACAAACGUGGAUGACUUGAAGAAGGCAAUCGACCCUUCCUUCUCUCCGUUCCAAUCAUCCAAGAUUUACAUUUACAGCCAGAAGGACGGCCGCUGGGUCAGAGAAGAUGAAGAAGCAGCAGUCAACCGCGGCAAAUCCAAGGCAGACUGCUACGGAUUCAUGUUACCAGCUGGAGCUGCUGGAGCCGCAUAG